AUGGCUAAGGUGACCAGGAAAUCGCCAGAGCCUGAUACAGAUAUGGACCAACCAACCUCAAGUACCAGAGAGAAAGAAGAUGAAGUUUCAAAGACCACCAGAAAGGAAAAAAGACCCCUUAAAAGGAGCUCAAGUAAAAAAGCCUCUGAAAAAACUACUAUUACUCCUAUGAGAAAGCCUAAGAAAGUUAAAGGGCCAAUACUAUUUGGUCAUUACCACCGACUAAAUGAGAACCUGAAAAAAAAUGAACCAGUCCAGGACCACAAGAGUGUGGAGAAUUCCACCAUUUCAAGUGGCCACCUAGAAAGCCAGUAA